CCACGGACGUUAUCCCAGAGGCAAAAAGAAAAAGGAGAACUUCCUGUCUCUACCGUCUCUCCAAAAAUGGCGGAGGUGUGUGGUCAAGUGUUAUUGGGAUCAGGGCUUACUGUGCUCUCCCAUCCUUUGAUGUACAUUAAAGUCCUGAUCCAGGUAGGACAUGAGCCGCUCCCUCCCACCCUGGGCAGGAAUUUAUUUGGAAGACAAGUCUACCAGCUACCUGGACUGUUUGCUUAUGCAAAACACAUCAUUAGGAUUGAUGGAAGAGCUGGUCUUUUCAAAGGACUUGGUCCGAGGCUUUGUGCAGGCACUAUUGGCACAGUCGUACACAGCAAAGUUGUACAGAAAUGUCAAGAACAAGGCACCCCACAGAUACUGGGUGGGCAGCAGAAGGAUAAAGAGAGCUCUCUACAGCAGGUUGUUAACGAGACAACCAGGGAGAUGAUUGCCCGCUCCUGUGCCACCAUCGUCACACAUCCCUUCCAUGUGAUUACUUUGCGAUGUAUGGUGCAGUUCAUUGGAAGAGAAACCAAAUAUAGUGGGGUGUUUGAUUCCAUCAUCACAGUCUACAGAGAAGAAGGCAUUCUGGGCUUCUUUGCUGGUUUGAUUCCUCGUCUGCUGGGUGAUGUCCUUUCUCUGUGGAUUUGUAACCUGCUGGCUCACCUCAUCAAUACAUACGCCAUUGAUGACUCGAUGAGUCACACAGGAGAAAUCAAGAACUGCUCUCAGGCUAUGACAGGGUUCUUUGCCAGUAUGCUCACCUAUCCUUUUGUUUUGGUGUCAAACAUAAUGGCAGUCAAUAACUGUGGGCUUGCUGGAGGCCUAACUCCCUAUGCGUCAGUAUAUCCCACCUGGGUGGACUGCUGGAAGCAUCUUAGCAGAGAGGGCAACAUGAGCAGAGGCAACAGUUUAUUUUUCCGAAAGCUUCCAGCAGGAAAGACAUACGCAGUCGACCAGAAGAGAUUUUUUUAAAGCUUCAGAAGAGCCGAAAUGAACAUAGUUGUGAUAAUAAAACAAAAAUCCAAUAUUGCCUGAUGUGGGAAUUGGACAGUCAGCUUUUUGUAUACAUUUGUUUACUCUGAGUUAGGUUUUUUUUUCCCUUAACAGCUUGCCAGCUUAGGAACUGAACAGUUUUAGUUAACUGCAGAAAGAUUGUUUAAAUAAAAUGGAAAAAAAUAUUAAAGGGCAGAGCUGUAAGACAGUGAGAUGAUUUUAAAAACAAGAACUGCCUUUCUCCUUCCACAUUUACAAAAACUAAAGCUGGCAUAAUGUUGUGGCACACCAUUAUGUAAUUUUCUCCCUUCAUGUUUUCUUUUUUGUUUUUUAUACAUGGAUGAUAUGCUGAUUUAAAAACUACCUUUAUAUCAUCUGGUAUGCAUUUGGUAAUGUCUAAAAUUUGCCACGUUAAUGAUCAUGUGGGAUCUCUUUUCAUCUGGUAUUGUAUUGAUGUAAUUAUUCUGAAGCUGACUUCUGAGAGCACAUGUAAAGAUAAUUGAGGGGGAAAAAAAGGACAAGUUGUGGUGUUUCUGGAGUAUAUACAAUGAGAGAUGUAGAGAGGUGUCUGGGUGGACUAGACAUCCGAGGACUCUGAAAAAUCAAAGUACUUUAGCUCCGGAUUGACCCAAA